AUGGAUUUUCCCCAAGUCGUCGCUGUGUUCUCUUUAUUCUUCACUACUGUCCUGGCAUUCCCCCAGCGGACUGCAGCAGGUACAACAAUCGUGCCUCCGGCGACGAUCACCAAGGCUGCGUCGCUCAGCUGCUCGGACGGGCAGACCGCUGUCUACACAACAGAUUGUACGAUGGGAACUCCCACGUCGUACUGCGCUAGGCCGGAGCCCCCGAUCCAGUGCUCCGAGGGGUACUUCCCCUCAGUUUGGCACCCAGGUCAUUGCAUCGAGCAGUCGACCUGUUUUCCGCUUGAUGCGUCCUGGAUCACAACCGAAUGCUCACAUGGGGCGAUUCCUUGGACAACUAAAACCAUGUAUGAGGGUACCUUGGCGGGAGGACAGUCAACUAUUAUUAGUGCUGUUUCCUGCUCGUGUGCCAAAGAUCAAUGGUAUAGCCAUACCAUGCUUCCAGGCGCAUCAACCGUCGACACUUUCUGCAUGCCCUCAAGUUCGUGUCCAGCAGGCAUGACAACCUCGGUCUCAACCAACACGUACUGUGCAACAGCGCCGGCAAGUGCGUGCACGGAUGUUCCACUGGAAACCAACUACUGCAAGUGCGUGGAUGCCGCCCAGACACCCGUAUAUCCCGACUCCGUUGGAGCGGCUCCAACCGGAUGCAAAUUUUGA